UUGUAUUAUUGAUUCCAUAAUUCUCAACUUAUGAUUUAUCUUAUAAUUUAAUUUAGUAUACAUAUAAAAACAUGGAAUCUCCACUAACCUCUGGUGAUGAGCAGGAUCGUCGUUCAGAAGGAGAACCUGAACUUCAUCGUUUGCUUUCAGUGCAGGAAGACGACGAGGUUGUUGAUUUAACACAUGCAAGGUUGGAUAGUAUACCAAGUAUUGACCAAGUAAAGAAUAUAAAGGGCUUAUGUUUACGUCAAAAUCGCAUAAAACAAAUUGAAAACCUUCACGGUCAUCAUGCAACGCUGGAAGAAUUAGAUUUGUACGAUAACUUACUGACUUCUAUCGAAAACCUAGAAACGCUAACAGAACUUACAACGUUGGACGUUUCAUUUAACAAAACAAAAAAGAUACAAAAUAUCGAGAUGUUGGUGAAACUGAAAAAACUGUACCUGAUCCGAAAUAGAAUAACGAAAAUUGAAAAUAUUUCUACAUUGGUUAAUCUAACUAUGCUGGAGCUUGGUUCUAACAGAAUAAGGAAAAUUGAAGGGAUUGAAACUAUGGUAAAUCUUGAAGAACUUUACCUUGGACAGAAUAAAAUUACAAAGCUAGAAAAUUUAGAUUCAUUGGUGAAGCUUCGGCUCAUAAGUAUACAGAGCAAUCGUAUCACGAAGCUGGAAGGUUUAAAUAAGUUGGUUAAUCUGGAAGAUCUGUAUAUUAGUUUCAAUGGAAUUGAAAAAAUAGAAAACCUAUCAAAUAAUAUCAAGUUAAGUACGUUAGAUGUGGGCAACAACAGGAUAUCUACAAUAGAGGGACUUGACGAUUUAAAAGAGUUAAAAGAAUUCUGGUGCAACGAUAACCAAGUAGCCGAGUGGAAAGACGUGGAUCAUUUGGCUAAACUUACAAACUUAGAGACUUUGUACUUAGAACGGAAUCCGUUACAGUUGAGUGACACUGCGGCUUAUCGAAGAAAAGUUCUGCUUGCAUUGCCCAAGUUGAAACAACUCGAUGCCACAAUGACUACGAACGCAUAUUAGAUAUAUCCUUCAUAAAGUAAUAUUUAAAGGACACUUCACAACAGAUUUGUCUGUAUACCUACGACAAAAACUUUCUUUUGAUGUUCCAUGCGAUCGGAUUUUAGAUUUACACAAUCAGGGUGAUCACGCCAUCGGUGAAGUGAUAUACAUAUUUUGAGAAAGUUUCCUCAACAAAAACACUUUGAGAUUUCCAGCUGAAAAUCCAAUAUUUUUUAACUUUUUCAGCAGGAAUAUCUAAAAAUUACUACCCUCAAAAAUUUAAAAGUUUUCUUAAGUAAUGGCCAAAAGCCCUUUGUUAUCCUUAAAUUCAUUUAAUUUUGAACAAUGAAUCCGUGGCCACCCUGAGAAAGAGAUUUGAUAUAAUGCGUUUUGUUAUGUUCCAGUUUCUCUAUGUAAAGUAAUUUAGAGUUUUUAUAUAGCGGUUUGGUCGAAAUUGUAUUAAUUUAACUGCCAAAUAAUUCUAUAAAUAGUUCAA